UUUGCUGUAUAAAACUCAUUGCAUUUAUCAUCUCGGGGGAGAGGUUACUCACAGAUCUGUAUGAGAGGCUGCUCUCAGGUCUGCAUGAUUAUACCCUCCCCAUGCGCAUGAAUAAAGGACUCUGCUUGACCACACCUAACCUGAGUGAAGACUUCUCUUCGACAGAAGCAAGUCUCUUUUUACAUCAUUCAUACUUUCUCGCUGAACGUUUGCACAGGAUACCAGGAAAGGCAACACUUAUGAGACCGAUUUAGGCAAAAUAAUUUCUGCUGAUGCUUUCCUUUCCAGGGACUGUGACUGACUACACCAAUGUAGCCACAGAGUACUUUAGAAAGGCAUUCUGCAAACUGAAUUUGUGAUCUUAAGAGCUCUUGUGUUCUUAACAAGUAGUUGAAUAAACAGAUGUACUUCUCCAUGCUAGACCAAAAACUUCUGCUUUCUGGAAUACCUCAGGACCACAAAGUUGGACUGCAGUUCUUAGUGAUAAUUUUACGAGACAAAAGAAAGUUCCAGAAUGAACAUGUCAGAAGGUUUCACAAAUGACAGUCUUAGCACCGAGGUUCCUUUGUAUACCUCUACUGAAUACUAUGGGGACGAGGACGACCCUUUAAUAUUUCUUUGUGAUGACGAUGCAUCUUCAGAUAACACCACUUUAACUUCAGUUGUGUUCAGCCUUGUCUUUGUUCUCAGUCUGACCGGGAAUGUUUUAGUUCUCUGUGUCCUAGCAAAGUACGAAGACAUGAAAAAGGUUACAAACAUUUUCAUUCUCAACUUGGCUAUUUCUGAUCUGGUAUUUGCUUCCUCGUUGCCUUUCUGGGCAGUGUACCACUCUUAUCACUGGAUUUUUGGAAGCUUUAUGUGCAAACUUAUUAGCGGUGUUUAUUUCAUAGGUGUGUACAGUUCCUUGAUAUUCCUCACGGUGAUGAGUGUUGACCGAUAUUUAACAGUGGUUCAUAGCGUAUCAAUUACUCUGAGAAAGAGGACCCUCUGUGCUUGGUCAUCAAGUGCCGUCAUCUGGACAAUCGCUAUUGCUGCUUCCAUAAAGGAAAUGGUCAACUCCGAUACAGUACUGACCCAAGAUAAAGAUAUCUUCAUCUGUGAGGAAGUACAAACCGGAAUCACCCCAGACCUAGUGGGUUACUGUCUACAAAUUGUGUUUCUCUUUCUACUUCCAUUUUUCAUUAUUGUAUUCUGUUAUUGUAGCAUCUUGAAGACUGUUAUAACCUGCAAGGCGAGGGCAAAGUAUAAUGCAGUAAAGAUUAUAUUCGGCAUUGUUGUGGCGUUCUUUAUAUGCUGGGCUCCCUACAACCUUGUCAUGUUUCUCAUGUCACUCAACGAUCUGAACCCCUCGGGGGACUGUGACAGGCGUGCCAAACUGAACCUCGCGUUUAACGUGUGCCGUAAUCUUGCGUACUUCCACUGCUGCCUGAACCCUCUGCUCUACGUCUGUACGGCGAAGUACCGAGCUCACCUGAGGAGACUAGUGUGCAACUCUCCUCAGCAGACAAGGGAGAGGAGCUCCGUCCCUGUGCGCAGCUAUCACAACACAUCAAACAUCUUUCAGAAUGGAGAGGCGGCUCGAGAAGAAAUAGACAAACUGUAGAAAACAAAACCGUGAAAACUACAGCUGAGACUGGCCAAUAAAAGGAUUUUAAGUUUUACGGGAUGCAUUUAAAGUCUAUUGUUUGGUGAAUAGACUUCAAAAAGAGACUUUUUUUUUCCUGUCACACAACAUGCACUGGACUGCGAUUUUUAAAAUUUCUAUAGACACUUUCUAAGUGAGAAUUGGAGAACCUUAAAAUACUUUCGGUCUUUGUUUUUUAAUACUUUCUGUCUUCGUAAAAAGUCCGUUUGUACGUGUGACGUAUUUUUAUGGUGAAAGUUCCCUAUCUCACAUUUAGUAUGUUUUCCUUUCAUUUGCAUCUGCAGUAUAAACAUAUACCCUGUUAUCUGACAGCAUUUUACCAGCAUUUCCUGAACAGUUCUGCUGUUUUUACCCAUUCAGAUUUUUAGCCAUCCUGAUGGUACAGAAUAUUUUUGCAGUAGAGUCCAAUGAUUUACUGUACACUAAGAGACUACUUAAAAAAAAAGUAUACAUCAUUAAAAAUGUUCCAUCUUUUUUUCAGGAUUUAAUCUGUCCAAUAGUAUUGUAUUCUAUUGAUAGUAAAGUCUAGAUUGUUGUUUUAAAUAGUUACUGUAUUACCACAACAAUAAUAUUAACAAUUAGUGCAUAUAAACAUUUUGUUCAGUGUAAAACAUGGAAGACAAAAGGGUGUAGCAGAAUUACAAGUUUAGAAUUUGUUGUUUAAAAUGAUUUAUAGAGUUUGGUUGUAUACUCUUCUGUUCGCAUUAAAAAUGAAGUUGAGUGUACUUUAUGUUUUGCUCUGACUUUACCACUUUAACCAAUAAGAGAAUUAUAUGAUAGCAUUUUCUUUAUUGUUUGUUUGCACUUUGAACAAUAUACUGUAAAAAUAAAGAACUGAGUGUGAUGUUUAUGUUGAUAAAAAUUAAAACAAGGGAUUUUUUAAGUGUUUUGACAAUGAAUGUCUGAAAGCAAACAAAGUGAAACAUAUGUAUGGCAAAGGAACAACCAGAGGUUAAUGCCAUGCUGCUGAAAAGCACAAUUUUAACAGUAACAGAUUUGGCAGUCGAGCCUUGUUCAUUUCUAUUAUGACAAAUACACACGUGAUAUAAAGAGGCAGUGCAGAGGAGAGACUAACAAGAAAACUGAAUGAGUUACUUCUGCUCUUCUCAGUCCCAGUCCCUUAGUCUUGUACCAAAAAGUGAAGAAGAGAAUGUACACCAUUCACCAAGGUUAAAGAUCCUAUAAAUUCAAUCGGUGGAGUAAUUUCUCAGUUCACAGCCUGACCUGCUUUAGUAUCUUUGUGCAUGAAAAGUGUCAAGAUGCAAGAAGUUCUGUAU